CAUCAUAAAGGAAUCAAGCCUCAACUAUGCAAAUUACAGUUCGGUACCUAAACUUAAUAGAUCUUUAGAUUUAUAACCUAAAUUUAUUUUUUUGGCAUAUAAGUCCUCAAAAAUUUUAUGAAACAUUAUAUUUUAGUACCUCAAAUUUGUGUAUGUUACAUUUUGGUACCUAAACUUUUGAAGUCCUACAAAUAAGUCUAAUUUUUGAAUGUGUAAUUAAAACACCCUCGAAUAAAUGGGUAUCCAUACCCAACUCAUGCACAUUUAGAUUAUGAAAGUAAAUAUUCAUACCCUACUCAAACCCAUGUACAAACUUCCAAACCCAUAUAUAAGUCACCCAUUCCCUUCCCAUAAUCAAUGGGUCUACUUGGAUUUAGGUUAAUAUCAAUUAUUAGCCAAAAAAUUCAAAAAAAUUAAAUUGGAUGUUGGCCGCCAUAUAUCUCUUCUCAGUCAAUACUACUUACAAAACUACUAAUAAAAAAAAUGAGACUAAUAAUACUAAUAAAACAUUAUAACGGGCCACAUAAUACAUGCCCAUAGACCAUUUCCGUCCCGCGACAAGACACGACAUCACCAUCUAGUAUUAAUAUAUAUGCAAUGCGUGGUGGCGACAAGAAAGUGAUUACAAAGUUUGGAGUAGAUAUGAGAAGUUUCUCAGUGAUUGUUUCCUCGUAUAUUUGAAAAUUGAUUUCGCAGGUUUGUUUCUCAUAUUUGACUUAAUCUCUAUAGGUUUUCAUCUUUUUUUCAAAUUCUAUUUAUGCUUGUAUUUGUAAUCCUAUAAUUGUCUGGUGCAACUUUCUUACUAUUGUUGUUACGAAGAGACUUGAAAAAUAUGUGUUAGAAUAUGACUUGAAUUUGAUUUGAGUUUGUUUUGUGUUUGGGCCUAUUUAGUUUGGGUUUGGGAUUGGGUUGUGUUUUGACAUUUACCUUGUAUGUUUGGGAAAAGGUGUUUGGUUUUCUGUUUGGGAUUAGGAGAAGAGUUCUAUAAAUACUCUUCAUCACCCUAGUCUGUAGUAGGGGUCAGUCAGGUUAGUUUGUUUUGUUUUUCCGUUUGGAAUUUCGUUUGUAACCUGUACUCUCCUCAAAUCAGUGAAAUUUGGUCUCCCCUGCCCGUGGAUUAGCUAGCACACAUUGUGUUAGUGAACCACGUUAAAUUUGUGUUCGUUCGUGUUGGUUUGGAUUGUCGUUUGCACGCUUCUGUUCUGACAAGUGGUAUCAGAGCCUUUGGUUGCGGUUUUGGGAAUUAGGCGUUGGAUUGAAGUUGUUGCUUUGUGGCGGUGGAGCUUCAGAUUUGGGUUUAUUGGUUGCUUUUGAGUUGAAGUUUGGUUUAAGGAACGUUUGUGAACGGUUGUCACCAAGCUGCGGUGAGGUGGUUGGUUAGGGUUUGGAGAUAAUUCUGUUUGUUAUCCUUCGGUGGUGAUUAGGGUUUCCGAUCAUCAAGGAUGUUUGUUUUGAAUUUGAAGAUCGACAACACAAUUGGGAGCUGCAGGUUUGGAGUUGGAAGUAAAUUUGAUGUUGGUGUUAUGGACGGAAAGAACACCAAGUUGGUUAUGCAUGGCAAGUCCCAACAUGGGUUGGACUUGCUGCAUGUGUUGAUUUGUUGAUCGCCCUUAUGGGCAUUUGGAGGCAGGGGAGAUUCUGGUACAACUGAUUUGGAGAAGUUUGGUAUGUCUGACAAUUUUCAUUGCAUCUGAGUUUGGCGAUUUGCAUCGCGUUUGGUCUGGCGAUAUGAAUCACAUUUGGAUAUGUCUGGCAAUCUUGAUUGCGUUUGAGUUUGGCAGUUUCGAUCGCAUUUGGAUACGUCUGGCAAUAUGUAUCGCGUCUGGGUACAUCUGGCAACUUUGGUUGCGUUUGGUACAUCUGGCAACCUUGGUUGCGUCUGGUACUUCUUGUAUUUGUGAGAGAAUUCAAGUCAAGGUGGAGAUUGUUAGAAUAUGACUUGAAUUUGAUUUGAGUUUGUUUUGUGUUUGGGCCUAUUUAGUUUGGGUUUGGGAUUGGGUUGUGUUUUGACCUUUACCUUGUAUGUUUGGGAAAAGGUGUUUGGUUUUCUGUUUGGGAUUAGGAGAAGAGUUCUAUAAAUACUCUUCAUCACCCUAGUCUGUAGUAGGGGUCAGUCAGGUUAGUUUGUUUGGUUUGUCCGUUUGGAAUUUGGUUUGUAACCUGUACUCUCCUUAAAUCAGUGAAAUUUGUUCUCCCCUGCCCGUGGAUUAGCUAGCACACAUUGUGUUAGUGAACCACGUUAAAUUUGUGUUCGUUCGUGUUGGUUUGGAUUGUCGUUUGCACGCUUCUGUUCUGACAAUAUAAUAUCAUUGUUAUACAAUUAUAUUAUUUUCAAUGUGCAUAAGUGUUCUAUCAUCUUGCUUCGGUAGGUUCUUAUAACCAAUUUUGUUGUUGGUAGACACGCAUGGUGCUUAGGAUACUUAAAUUUGUUGCUGGAUAAGACGCCUUUGUCAGUGCGAAAAUUGGGAUGAAAACCAUUAAAUAAGGACAAAAUCCAAAAAAAAGUGUGGUAUUGUGGAUUUUUUUUGUAACUUGGGCAUUUUUAAAAUUUGUCUACGCAAUUACGUAAUCGACGAAAAAAAAAUAGGAUUUUGAACGAGGAGAAAUUGAGGAUAUUCACAUUGGUUUUGAAGAAUUGAGGUUGGAUUUUUGGAUUUCUCUCAAAAUAUUAUAUUAAACUACAUUUUUGGAGGGUAAAAUGUAUGUGAAAACUAUUAAUCAUAUGUUUCUUGCAUAUGUAAAAAAUAAAGCUCAUAAUUAUUUAUGUUCUCAGAGGCGGACCCAUGUGGUAGAGAGGUGUGUCAAGCGACACACCUCCGCACGAAUAUUUUGUGAGAGACCCAUGUUUUGUCGUAUAAUUUUUUGGAAUUUAGGACUUUCGACACACCUUGAAUAAUUGUUAUUGACACACCUUUAAUACACUACGAUGAAUUUAGUGUCAUAAAGUUCCCAAAAUCCGUAAAUAUAUGUUAUUUAUUUUAAAUUUUAGUUAACUUAUGACAAAUUUGGGGUUCUUUCCAUUACUUAAGCAUUUAGAUGCAAGGGUUUAUUGCUUAUAGGUUUUAGGCAUGAGUAAUCGUAAGGAAGUUUUCUCUUUUUUCUCUCUACCUGAAUAAGUUUCGUUUCUUCUUGAUCCUUGUAGGUUUCACAUAGUUGUCCACCUAGUGACAAAAAAUACUCUUUCAUCGAGAGUCUGGUUGCAUAUGGACUACUAUCUUAUAAAAAAAACUCCAAUGUUCCCUUUGCCUCUUUCGAUCCCACUUCUCGUUGUGUUACACAGUAAAAUAUAAUUAAAAUUUAUUUAUUAUUUUAUUUAAUUUUAUCAACUGACACACCUUUACGAGAAUCCUGGGUCCGCCACUUUAUGUUCUUGUACAGGGUAGACAACAUAUGAAAUUCUAAUUUAGAUAAGACUAAUAUUAUAUUUAUAGGUGACAAUUUAAAUCCAAUCAACCAAUUCAAUCCAAUUCAUCAACUGAAAAAUCAAACUAAUAUUUCUACGAAAAAAAUAUCAAACUAAUAUGAUCCAUUUAAAUUUAAACCAUUUGAUCGAAAUCCAAUUGGAUUGACGGAUUGAAUUAAUGUAUUGUUGGAAAUACAGUUUAGUAUCUCUAUUUUUAUAUUUUACAAUUUGAUACCUAAAUUUUAAUUUUAACUAAAAUAUAUCAUUGGAAAAUUAUGAUUUGGUACCUAAAUUUUUUAUAAUGACAUUUUAGUGCCUUAACUUUCCAAUAUCUUCGUAUUGGUUCAAUGUAGAUGUCAAUUGGAUCCAUGAAUCCACCAAUCCAUUUAUUUCAAUUAACUGAUCCACUAAUACAUGAAUCCGGUCCAUUUGUUAGCUCUAAUUUUUGUUGGAUGUAAACCUGAAAGGGAAGGGCUUCACUGACCUCUGAUGACUGGUUGACUGCUAAGAGACUUAAAGACUUACUAUUAAGAUAGACACACCCAAUUCAUUGCCCAUGUAAUAAUUGGUACACAUUUUCGUUAAUUGUCUACUUCUAGUGUACGUUAAAUCAUAUUAAUUAUGAUAAGCAUUAGUGCAUUACCUAUAUGUUGAGUUUUAUGUUUUAUCCAUUAUUGAUGCAAUAAUAUGGUAUUUUUUCUCUCGCGUAAUAAUGAUGUUAUGUUAGAUUGAUUGACUCGAACAACCAAUUAACCAAACCAAUUGUACUGUAGUUUGGUUAAUUUGGUUGUUGUAUUGAUUUGGCCAAUUUUUCUUCUACUGAGAGAGCAAUAAUUAAUAAUAUGUGCCUCUUCUCUUUCGAGAUCACAUUUUUUUUUCUCCGAUGAAGGAAAACAAUAUAAUGGCCGGCCGGUCAUCCCGGCGAUCACAGAAGUUUCCAGGCUUUCCCUCCGGCCAUGUUGAACUUCUUCAGCCUUCCGAACAAUAUCACCAGAAUGAGAAGGAUCUUCCCCUCGUCGCCCCACCUCCCCGACAAGCCGGUGAACUUGUCCCGGCAAUCUCCGCCGCCGGAAGGAUUUAUCCGUCACUGGCAACUGUACCCCCAUCGAAAAUCCCACAUUCCCAUACGCACUGCCACAAUAUAACAAUACUAAUUAACUAAUUAACAAACAUAAUUAAUCAAUUAAUUACGUGCCCAUAAGUUCUCAUUCAGAGUAAACACACAGACGUAACAAAAAAAUGUUGCGUAUACUUCCCUAGUAAAAUUCAACGAUGACUAAAGAGUAUAAAUCCAAAUAUUGUGAAGCAUAUGUGUCUUUUGACGAAAGAACGGUCCUCCUAAUUUUGGGAAACUUAUAUAGACUUGACUGUUCAAAAGUUUUCGAGGAAUCUUGUUUUAUUUUUUUCGUGACAAAUAUGAGGCCUCUAAUUAAUUUACCACCCUUCCCUUCCUAACUUUCAGUGCUUUUUUCUUCAAAAAGUUUUGGUCCUCUUUGUGCAUUCUUUGAAUAUAUUCAAUUAAACAAACACAUGUCUCUCGUUUGAUGUAGGGGAAAAGAAAAACUUGGAAAUGACCACUUUGAGAUUCUGGAAAUGUAUUUGUAAUGUUAUUAUUAUAGGUCUGCUCGAAUGAUUGUGACGUUGGAAUUUAAAUUCGGAGAUUAAGAUUUUAAGGUUAUCGACAUGGUAUAAAACUUACUCUUUCAAAAGUUUUAGUUAUUGAGAUACGCAGGUUCUCGACAUGGUUUAAGACUUUUAACUUAAAGGACUAGUGUUCGGUUUUCAUGAUAAAAUGUAUAAUUAACUGUCGUUUUUAAGCACAAUAUAUGUGAUGUUUUUCUUUUUGAUUUUUUUUGCAAAUCAAACAUUCAAACUUAAGUAUGAGUUAACUCGUUGGAUCAUUAUUCAAGCAAUUUUUUGAAGAGAGGUUGGAAAGAUUCACUCAUUCUCAAACCCUCUCUCCCACAGUGAACAUACCCAUAUCGUGUUCUAGUUCGUUCAUAAGCAUAAAUAAACUAAGUAUGAAAGACGUUUGCAACAAAAAAAAAUUAUAUAUAUAUACCUGAUGACUUCGAGGACAAUGUUGAAAACGCUAAAAUUGAGGGAAUCCUCCUUCAUACUAUGUCGCUCGGUGAUGCAUAUCAAAACGACGAAUAUUGCUAGGAAGGAGAGCUGUGAAACUACCACAUUCUCCAGUAACCUAUUACUAUUGUUCUUAUAUGAUGUUCAUAGCUACUUUGCCUUCCUCUUCUUCUACUUCUCCUCCUUGUUAUUAUUUUACCUUAUUAAUUGUCUCUUGUUGAUUUUUGAUCUGAUCUGCCUCUUCUUCUUCGCCUCCUGUGGUCGGAAGGAACGACGUGUACGGUGGAAGGUACCUACAAGAAAUUACAACAAAGGAAGUGAAAUUUAGUGUCGGUGUGUCACAUAUAGUUAAAUAAUAACGGAUAAAUCAUCAGUCAUCGAUUCGCUAAUUUUAAACCUGAAAAUCAACUUAAUAGAAGAUAAUAAUCGACGAUUAUAAUUGAGCAAAAUAGAAUAAACUACAUCUAACGGUCAGAUCAUGGCUUGAAGUACGAUAUAUUUGGCUAGAAUUUUGCCAUGUGGAAGAGUACUGCUGACAACUUCCCAUGUGGAAGACUUGUUGCGUGCGGUUACAUGAAAGCAAGAGACAUGCAGCACAAUUAUGAAUCAAAUGACAUUUUAGCUAGCUAGCUAGAGAGGGAACAGCCAAGCUUAAUUUAUAAACAAACAAGUCAACACUAUCCAUCACUUCCCUCCUAAUAAAUGACGAAAACUCUCUUCUAAGCCUUGGUCAAUAUGAGAAUUGGGACGAAAUUGAAAACCACUAAAUUACGUAAUUGAAAAAAAAAAUUCAAAAUGAGGGAGAAAUCGAGGAUAAUCGUAUUGGUUUUCAAGAAUUGAGAUUGGAUUUUUUUUAAGGAGAGUAUGGUUGAAGCAUAAUGAACCGUCCUUUCACUUUUCAAAUUUGUUCGGCAUGUUUUGUACGCACACAUAUUAUAGUUUUGCUCAAAAUAUUAUAGUAAAAGCAUUUUUAGUGU